GCCAUUGGACGGUCGGACAGGACCCGGACAAGUCGUUCGCGAGGUUCGCGCCGCGCCGGUGCGGGUGCGUGGGGCGGGCGCGCGCGGUGGCGUUGCCGGUGCCGUCGGCCACGCGCUGUGCCGCCUCCGCCCGAGGCCUGGCCUGGUCGGAGGCCUCCACGGCAUCUCUUCGCACUCACCUCGUGAGCUUCGAAGCUUUCUGAGCGAUAGAAAUAUCCCAGCAGUAACGGAUCGGGCUGCCAUGCGGCAGACGGGGAGAGCGCGGCCGAGGGAGCAGACGGACUCAAAGCAAAGCCCCCCCUUCUGAAGCACCCCGCCCCACCAUGGACCUGUCGCAGAGGUUCUUGCGCAAGCCGCCGCCCGCCGCUCCCGACCCUGAGGCGCGCCCCGUGCCCCGCCCACUGGACCAGCUCCACCAGCUCCAGCAGCGCGGCGCCCUGCCGGCCCUGCCCUGCUACGCCGACCAUCCCGGGGUGCAGCUGCAGCAUCAGCUGUCCCACCUGCCGCAUCGGAGCCAGCUGCCACAGCCACACCCCUACCAGCUGCUCCCGGUGGACCCGCUCCGCCCCCACCCCCUGCACAGCCUUCAGGACUACCAGCACCCCCUCCUGGACCCCGGCACGCCCGGCCCCACCGGGCCUCCCGGGCCUCCCGGGCCUCCCAGCCACAGCUACGACCUACAAUGGCCGCCCACAGAGAGAAGCCAGUGGCGGCGGUGGCGGCUGCAACAGCUGCAACAGCAAAAGCUGCAGCAACAGCAGCUGCAACAGCAGCGGCAGCAGCUGCAGCACCAACAACUGCAGCAGCUACAGCAGCAACAGCUGCAUCAGCAACAGCUGCAGCAGCAACAGCUGCAGCAGCAGCAACACCUAAGGAAGCAGCGCCAAAUAAAAAAGCAGCAACAGCUGCACCAGCAGCAGCGUCUCCACCAGCAGGAAGAGCUUCAGAGGCAGCGCGAGCUCCAUAGCCAGUUGAAGGAGCAGCAGCUGCAGCUGCAGAGGCUGCAGCGGGUGCAGGCCCCCCCGCCUCAGGCGCCGUGCCUAUACGGAGCGCCCCCACUCCCCGCUCCGCUACCGCUGCACUUUGGCUCGCCGCGGGGCUCCGCCUUCCGUAGAGUUGGCCAGAGUGGCCCUGCUCCCCUGCUGGAUCGCCCCACCCCCACCGGCCACGAGCGAAUGCCUCCGCAACCUCCAGUCCUCGUGGAAAAGCUUAAUAAUUAUAAUUACAGCAACACACUAAACAAUGAGAAGCUGCAUUUCCAAGGUCUCAGGCUGCCUGGACCAGAUAUGUUAUCAGGAAGAGAGUUGACUCAUUUAGAAAAACAUGAAAGAAAUGCGUUCAGCACCUCACCAGCCGCAUCUGACAUAUUUGACCGGCCUCUUCCUCGUAGCAUAAAAACUGAGAGAUCUGUUCUUCAAUAUUUGGAUGAUCUUCCUAAAACUGACAGAGAUGUUGACAGAUUGUUGGUCAACACAUCUCCAUUAUCUGAAAAUGAACUACCAAUUAAGAAACGGAAACAACGUGUAACUGAUUCAAACAGUGAAAGCGGAGACAGUACUAUAACUAAGCUGUUUCCCUCGCCACGUUACUUCUGUGAACUGACAGCAUCAUCCAACUUAUGCUAUAAGUGCAAACACAUGCGAAAAAUGGAGGCUUUACCAGGUCCCACUGGCAAAUUUAACAAUUGGAAUUCUCUCCAAGUGCAACAGUGGUUGCUGAGAGAACUGAAGGCUCACUAUCCUGAAAUGUCUUCAAAUAUUGUGUGCUGCUUACUUCAAAAACUUGAAGGAAGAAAUGGAAUUGUUUUGUCUACUUAUACUAGGAAAGAGCUUAGAAAAAAUUUGGACAGUAUUGAGGGAUAUCAAGCUAUCUACGAUCUCAUCUGUGAAAAACUUGCAUCGGAAUCACAAACAUUUUGGGACUCUUCUGAUAAUGAGGCAAUAACAAAUGAAUCUGUGAGCAAUGUCACAAAUGAUCCCUCAACGACAAUGGUUGGUCAGCGAACAAGAACAACAGCAAUUAAACCCCGUAGACGAAGGGAUAAAUGUGUUGGUCAGUUGUGGGAAUUCAUAUACAAUCUUCUUGAACGUGAAGAAUCCAAUCCUUCUGUUGUCACCUGGGAAAAUAAAGAGGAAAAGUUAUUCAGAAUUGUUAACACAGAAGAAAUAGCUCGACUUUGGGGUGAUCACAAAGGAAAUAAAAACAUGACAUAUGCUAAUAUGAGUAGAACCAUGAGAUAUUAUCGUGAGGGUAAUGGAGCCUUUGUCCGGAAUGAUCGCAAACGAGUUUAUGGCUUUGGCCCCAAAGCAGAUUUUCAAAGGUUGCAAGCUAAACUUGCCAAAAGAAAAUAACAUUUCUGUGUAUGAUUCUUUUUGUGAGACCAAACGCAAAGUCUAGAUUCCUAUUAGACAAAAUUUGUCUGAAAAAAAGAGAUGCACCCAUAUGUAUCAAUGAUCAUGAUCACACAUUACAUCUUUGUUGAAACGAAUUUUUCUUGUCCAUAUUAUGAAAUUAUUCUUUACUUUCUGGAUUCUGCUAGUUAUAUCAUUUUUUUAUUGAUGUGCAAAACACCUAAAUUAUACUUAUUCGUGUUAGUUAGGUUUCUUUUCUGUGAUAUUGCAUGUAAUUGUCUCAAAUUAUCAUUGUGAUGUGUUGUGAUGUGUUGUCUUAGAAAUAGGAUUGAGCUGUCUCCCAAAAACUAUUUAAAAAGGGUGUCUAUUUUAUGCACCUAAGUAUGUGUCAAUUUCAAUGUUUCUAAAAUAUUGAUGUUACUAAAUCUAAAUGAAAAUGAAUAAUUGUAAUUUGUGUUAAAGAGACAAACUAUAAAUUUAAGAAAAUUACAGUAUUAGUGCUUUGUGCCACCUAUGUUUGAAAUCUAAAAUAUUUACAUAUAGUACAGAAUGGUUUGUACCGCCUGCCUGGUGGCUGUUUUAAGGGAGUUGUACUUUUUUUUAAAGCUCAUUUUCAUCUAUGUGAACGCUCCAAGAACCAAGAAAGCAGCCAGGAGGAACAUGAUCAUCCGAGACCCAUCAAUAUCCUUAUUUCGGCCAUCAAAAUGAGAUUCAAUCUGGCCAGCCCCUGUAUAUUUUGGCGGUGAACGUUUAACAUCAUUUUGACAUAUAUUUUGAGAUUUUUAUUCUUUUUGAAGUGUUGUUGAGAGUGUUUUAAGUGAGAGACUUUAGAUUGAUUUCUGCUCUUCUUUUUUUGGGCUGACUUGAAAAACAAUGAACUAAAGUUGUCUUUAAAGUUGUUCUUAUUGUGAAAACAAAGUUGAACAAGUUGUGGACUAUGUGAAAAUGCAAAACAUUCCUUUGAGCAUUACAUAAAAAUUCCUUUCUUCUCACAAAUGAUGAUGGUCCAAAUGAGUAAGUGAUACAAUAUUGUAAUUUUCUAAAACUCCAAAUGUAUUCUUGUGUCCUAUACUGUGCCAUACCUGUUUCAAGACUCAUUUCAUCUAGUGGCACCAUUGGCUGUGAUUUAGCAUUUUAAGUUGUUGGAGGUAGUUAAAAGUCCCCCAAAUUUGUAUUCACAAUACACCAUGUCAAAUCAGGAUAGGAACCAUUUUGUGCAAAUUUGUUUUGGACCAAGUUUUAAACUUAAACAACAUAAUAUCGGUAGCUCUGCCGGUAGUUGUGUAAACUUAGAAUAUAUUAUAUAAAUAUAUACAUAUAUAUAUAUAUAUAUAAUGUUAAUUGUUUAAAUUUCAACUUCUGUGUGUAUUACAUGUAAACCAAAAUUAUGUAUAGACUACCUGUCCCGUGCAUAUGAGAAGACAAAAACUCCCAAAGUGCCCUUAUUUUAUCCAGAAGCACGGUAGAUUUCUUGUGGAUACUAAGUGCUGCUAACACCUUGAGUGUAUAUUCCGACUGAAUAUAACUAGGAAUAACUUGAAAUGUCAACUUUCUAUGUAAGCAAAGAUUUUCACUGCUCUUCCGGAGUUUUUGUUCUUCUAUAACACACGGGACAGGUACUCUAUUGAUUUUUUUCUAAAUAAAUUGUGAUAUCAGUGAAA